AUGGUUAUUGUUGCAGUUGCUGGUGGUACUGGUGCUGUGGGCCGCAAUAUUGUCGAAGCGCUCAUCUCUCAAGGGAAGCACGAAGUUAUAAUUCUGAGCCGAACUGCGGACGCUGCUAAAGAAGAAGAAAUUGGUGCGCGCCUCGUCGCCACGGAUUAUAAAGGCGUGGCAGCACUCACAAAAAUCCUCGAGGACAACAAUGUCCAUACCGUUAUCUCUACCUUGUUCAUGAGUCCCAACGGAGCUGGGCUUUUGGAGCAGAACCUUAUUCGGGCUGCUGAUGCUUCAAAAACAACCAAAAGAUUUGUUCCUAGCGAAUUUGGGUUUCCUCAACGUGACGAAGAUGGGGAUUUAUUCCCUUCCAUUCCUAUGAAGCAUGCUUCAAGACGCGCGCUCGAGACAAGUAGCCUGGAGUGGACCAUAGUCUACAAUGGAUACUUUAUGGACUACUUCGGGAUGCCCAGAAUUUCGUCUUACCUAGCACCUUACGUCGUGCUUCUGGACAUUCCUGGAAACGCGGCCGCCAUUCCGGGCGAUGGUAACAAGCCAGUAACCUUCACCCAUACCUCGGAUGUGGGCAGAUUCGUUGCUGCUAGCUUAGAUUUCGAAAAAUGGACCCCUGUCAGCUUUAUCAUUGGCGACAAGAUGACAAUGAACGAAGCCGUCAAACUAGCUGAGAAGGCGAAGGGCAUCGAAUUCAAGGUGGAUUAUGAUGAUCUUGUCAAAUUGAAGAGGGGUGAGGUGACAGAGCUGCCUUCUCAAAAUUCACGCUACUCUAUCUGUCCUAAAGAAUUCGUCCAAGCCACAAACAGUGCUUUUGGAAUCUGGAUUGAUCGUGGAGACUUGGAUUUUGAUGAGAAUAUGUCUUUAAACAGAAAGCUGCCAGAGAUCAAGCCAAUUAAGCUUAAAGAAUUUCUACAGAAGGCAUGGACGAAUUAG